UAUUUUUCUGAGGUCCCAUUCGUUCCUUGGGCUUUGCUUCGUUGUCACCAUCAUCAAAAUUCACACACACCCAAACCCAUUUUUAGAGAGAGAGAGAGAGAGAGAGAGAGAGAGGUAUGGAGAAUGAUGUGGUUAAGGUUGAGGUGAGGAGAGAAGAGGAGAAGGACAAGGUGGGAACCAUGGCUAAGGAGGAGGAGGAGGUGGGGUCCAGCCUGACCAUGGAGAGGGUGGCUGCGGCUAAGCAGUAUAUAGAGAGUCACUACAAGGCUCAGAUGAAGCACAUCCAAGAACGCAAGGAGAGGCGCUCAGUGCUGGAAAGGAAGUUAGCAUCUUCGGAUGUUUCAGAAGAGGAGCAAGUCAAUAUACUGAAGGAAUUGGAGCGUAAAGAGACUGAGUACAUGCGACUUAAACGGCACAAGAUAUGUGUGGAUGACUUUGACCUUCUGACCAUCAUUGGGAGAGGGGCCUUUGGAGAGGUUAGACUGUGUCGAGAGAAGAAAUCAGGCAACAUCUAUGCCAUGAAGAAGUUAAAGAAGUCAGAAAUGCUUAGCAGGGGACAGGUUGAACAUGUUAGAGCUGAAAGAAAUUUGCUUGCAGAAGUUGCCAGUCACUUCAUUGUGAAACUCUACUAUUCCUUUCAAGAUGCUGAAUUCUUGUAUCUAAUUAUGGAAUAUCUUCCUGGUGGUGACAUGAUGACUUUGCUCAUGAGAGAAGAAACUUUGACUGAAAUUGUUGCUAGAUUUUACAUUGCUCAAAGUGUUCUGGCCAUAGAGUCUAUUCAUAAACAUAACUAUGUUCACAGAGAUAUAAAACCUGACAACCUCUUGUUGGAUAAAUAUGGUCACAUGAAGCUCUCUGAUUUUGGCCUCUGCAAGCCUCUUGACUGCUCCAAUUUAUCUUCUAUAAAUGAAAAUGAAGUCCUGGAUGAUGAGAACUUGAAUGAUACAAUGGAUAUUGAUGGAUGCUUUUCAGAUACUAAAACUGGGAGACGGUGGAAAAGCCCCCUUGAACAACUUCAGCAUUGGCAGAUGAACAGGAGGACAUUGGCUUAUUCAACAGUCGGCACUCCAGAUUAUAUUGCUCCGGAAGUAUUGCUAAAGAAAGGAUAUGGUGUGGAGUGUGACUGGUGGUCGCUUGGUGCAAUAAUGUAUGAGAUGCUGGUUGGCUAUCCCCCAUUUUAUUCCGAUGAUCCAGUAACAGCUUGCAGAAAGAUUGUGCACUGGAAACAUCAUUUAAAAUUUCCAGAUGAGGCAAGAUUGACACCUGAAGCAAAGGAUCUGAUCUGUAGAUUGCUUUGUGAUGUUGAACAUAGGCUUGGCACUGGAGGGGCAGACCAAAUUAAAGCUCAUCCCUGGUUCAAAGAUGUGGUAUGGGACAAACUCUAUGAAAUGGAGGCAGCAUUUAAGCCAGAGGUCAAUGGGGAACUUGAUACACAAAAUUUUAUGAAAUUCGAUGAGGUGAAAAAUCCAACACCAUCAAGAGCUGGAUCCGGACCUAUGAGGAAGAUGCAUUUGACUCCUAAAGAUCUUAAUUUUGUUGGCUAUACAUACAAGAACUUUGAUGCUGUCAAAGGGUUGCAUAAUACUUUUGAUUUGAAGAGGAGCACAUCACCAAAGCGGACAUCAACUGACUCUUUCCUCAGUGACUCUGCAGUGGACUUCUCUGCUGCUGACGACUUGGAUGCAAAGCUGCUUGCAGCAUCUGGGGAUUCCAUGUCACAGUGAAGAGUAACUGACCCUCACCAUGUAAAAGAAAAAACAUCUUGAUUCUUGUGGAAUAGAUGGACAGGCCCUCUUAUGAAGAUGGACUUCUAAGUGUACAGUAAUGUUGAGGAACUUGAAGAAUACCCUUCGAUGGGUUGGUUGGUAGCAUUAGUAGUAGUUAUAAUUGGAAAGUUUUUGUAUCAAGUAGGAAUCUUGAAAUCAUGUUCAGGUCCUGACUACCCAGGUUGGCGGACUAUGCCUUCUCUUGCGGCAGUUUCUGGCGCCUUUUUUCUUUUCUUUUUAAGUUUUGUUCUACUUCAUUGUAGUCUAGGAGCCUGUAAAAUGCUUUAUGGGUGUAUUGAAGAUAAACAUUCUGAAUCUGAAAACUGGUAUUGUAUAAAGGACAGCCUAGGGCUCUGGUGAGCAGAUAUGAAAUCAAGUUUUUACUUCCAAAAAUUGAAUAAUAAUGUCUUUAACUCUUGAAAUGGACAAA